UGUCACGUGGCCCGGCCCGCUGGGAGAGAGGAGACCGGCGGGCCAUGGCAGGUUCCACGCUCUGGUUUUCGCUGCUGCUGGCGGCAGCGUUCGCUGGGCGGGCGACGGCCCUGUGGCCAUGGCCCCAGUACAUCCAAACCUCCGAGCGGCGCUACACCAUCUUCCCGUACAGCUUCCAAUUCCAGUACCACGUCAGUUCGGCCGCGCAGGUGGGCUGCUCCGUCCUCGACGAGGCCUUCCAGCGCUACCGUGAACUGCUCUUCGGUUCCGUGUCCUUCCACUUUCCCCAACCCAUGGGAAAAUGGCAUACGUCAGAGAAGAAUUCGUUGGCUAUCCUUGUUGUCACUCCUGGAUGUGACCAGUUUCCUUCUUUGGAGUCUGUGGAGAAUUACACCCUGACCGUAAAUGAUGAGCAGUGUUUGCUCCUCUCAGAGACUGUCUGGGGCGCCCUCCGAGGUCUGGAGACUUUUAGCCAGCUUGUUUGGAGAUCUCCUGAGGGCACGUUCUAUAUCAACAAGACGGAGAUUGAGGACUUCCCCCGCUUCCCUCACCGGGGCUUGUUGUUGGAUACGUCUCGCCAUUACCUGCCACUGGCUAGCAUCCUGGACACUCUGGAUGUCAUGGCGUACAAUAAAUUCAACGUGUUCCACUGGCAUCUGGUCGAUGACUCUUCCUUCCCAUAUGAGAGCUUCACUUUUCCAGACCUCACCAAAAAGGGGUCCUACAACCCUGCCACCCACAUCUACACAGCACAGGAUGUGAAGGAGGUGAUUGAAUAUGCACGGCUGCGGGGUAUCCGUGUGUUGGCAGAGUUCGACACUCCUGGCCACACUCUGUCAUGGGGACCAGGUGUCCCUGGAUUAUUAACUCCUUGCUACUCUGGGUCUCACCCUUCUGGCACCUUUGGGCCGGUGAAUCCCGCUCUCAACAAUACCUAUGAGUUCAUGAGCACAUUCUUCUUGGAGAUCAGCUCUGUCUUCCCAGAUUUUUAUCUUCACCUUGGAGGAGAUGAGGUUGAUUUCACCUGCUGGAAGUCCAACCCAGAUAUCCAGGCCUUUAUGAAGAAGAAAGGCUUUGGUGAGGACUUCAAGAAGCUGGAGUCCUUCUACAUCCAGAAGCUGCUGGACAUCGUCUCUGCCUACGGCAAGGGCUACGUGGUGUGGCAGGAGGUGUUUGAUAAUAAAGUAAAGGUUCAGCCAGACACAGUCAUCCAGGUAUGGCGAGAAGAGAUGCCUGUAAGGUACAUGAAGGAGAUGGAACUGGUCACCCGUGCCGGCUUCCGGGCCCUGCUCUCUGCCCCCUGGUACCUGAACCACAUAACUUAUGGCCCUGACUGGAAGAAGAUCUACAUGGUGGAGCCACUGGCAUUUGAAGGUAGCCCUGAGCAGAACGCUCUGGUGAUCGGCGGAGAGGCCUGUAUGUGGGGAGAGUAUGUGGACAGCACGAACCUGGUCCCCAGGCUCUGGCCUAGAGCAGGGGCUGUUGCCGAGAGACUGUGGAGCAACAAGAUGGUGACCAACCUGGACUUUGCCUAUAAACGUUUGGCACACUUCCGCUGUGAGCUGCUGAGGCGGGGUGUCCAGGCCCAGCCCCUCAGCGUAGGCUACUGUGACAUGGAGUUUGAACAAACCUGAGCAAGUACCCCAGGCACCGAGGAGGGUGCUGGCCCUAAGAGAGCGGUAGUGGGGCCAGGCUUCCACUGUACCCCACCCGCGGGACGGGGCCCCUUGCCCACGUGCCUGUGUGCCUGGAGACAAGGGGGCUGGUGUUGGUGCUGGUGUCCAAUAAAGAGUGAUGUGGCGUUUUUCUAUAA